UUUUGCUAUAACAUAACAAAGACCUCCCAGAAGUACUGCAACGAAACGACCAAGAAUUUCUACAACUAAACGACCAACCCGAUAUCAAAUGCAAAAGUGUCUGGGUCGGGAAGAGUGGAACUUGUAAUGCUGGUGUCUGCGGAUAAUUCUAAAAGAAAAGUAUCUGUGUUGCAUGAGCAGCGAGAGGAGUCCAGUUCUUGGCACGCGCUGAGGGCAUUUCUCAUGCGUGAUAAGUAUGAAGAAGCUUUCGAAAAAUGUGUGAUGCUAGCACCUGCAUCACAGACCUCACGGGGCAUGCAAAAACUGCAUGACAAAUCUCGCAAUCCCCCAGACCCAGACAUAGUUGCAAUUGAUAUCCCAAGUACUGCAACUAAACGAACAACCCGAAGCACUGUAACGAGAAGAACCAGAAUCAAGUACGCAUCAAGCCGCAAGAGCACUCGAGGAACGAAGCGCAUUAAGAGGAGUUUAGGUUUACAACCAAGACGAAGAGGGAGAACCGCAAGAGGAGUUUACAACCGAGACGAACAAGAAGAGAACCACAGCAGCUGCAACAUUUUGCAACCGAGACACGACAGGAAGGUGGAGGACAAAAAAACAAUAUCAAGAAGAAGUAGGUGUUUUUCAACAUCAGCCUAACGAGACCGGCAGGAGAAGACGAGGUUGGAAAGCCUUCACGUAUUUUUCAGCAGGUAUUGGAAUUAUCGUCGUAGUAAAUCGCUGCUCCGACCUACUCUGUGUAAAAAGAUAGGCGGAAACAGGGACACAGCGUCCCAGGUGAAUGCACUUCCAGCUGCGUCAUCGAUCUUUGCACCGCCGGCGCGCUACACUUGCAUAGCCGUGUAGGUACUGCAUGAUGGCGGAUUAAAAAAGAAUAUUAGGAGAAGUCGCGUCUCCCUACUUUUUCUUCACCCUGUUGCUUUCCCACAUCUGUGAAAUUUAAUGUGAGCAGCUUGAUGCGGCAUGACCAUGGCAGAAAACCCUACAUCACGAUCGAACAACAUCACGCACAGGAAAGAGACAAAACAAACUUCAACCGGAAUCGCUCCCCGAGCAUCAACAACGCCGAAAAGACUGGGGCGACCACGACACGUUGCCUGAACCUGAGGACCAGGUAAUUACGUUUGAUGUACAUCGACAGUCGAUUCGACAUGCUUAACCUUAUGCGUAGGUGAUUUUGAAAGUAGAGGAAGCUGCGUUACACGGUUUGUAUUUCUUUGUAAUGCGAGGAAAAGUUGAUGUGAGUGAAACUGUAAGACGUUGCAAAAACGAGCAGAAGAACCUGAGCAGUCCCGAGUGUUACCGUCCAGCGCCAUCGUGAAAGCAUGUGGUUUGCCUGGACGCAGGCAAGACCUAGUGCUAAUUACUUCAUGGACUGUCGAUACACUAUUUAUAAGUACCGAAGAAAAAUUGCAUAUUCUCUAUCGAUCUUUCCAACAGAUCAAGACGCUGACCUACCGCUCUACUCCGAUUGGAGGUGGAUUAGAUUUAGUACGACUUGCACAACACGUCCGUGGCCAAAGAAAAAAAUAAAAAUACGUUUUUACGGAUUUUGUAUCUGUGAAGAGAUAGUCAAUCCUCGCCGCACCAUUUGCAGCACAACCUUUGCCCAGCCUCGCGGCUUUUCCGAAUCCCAAAAAAAUCCUCGUGCAAGGGCAUGGCGCGCCGUGGGCUGUUUCUCGCGUCGGCCGGGUGUUUGGCGGUCUUCGGGGCCGAGGCUGUCAACCUGCCUGACAAUAUCAAGAAUGACGCUCAGGGCGGGAAGAAGGCGAACCUGCCGGAAGGUGGGGAAGGAGGCGCUGUUGCGUCUGCGCCGUCGGUUCCCGGAGGUUUCUCAGAACUGUGGCGGUCCGCGCGAUUUGGAUAUGAGUCCGACCUUGCGGCCUUCUUCGGCGCGUCUUAUGUGUUGAAAGGCGUUGACGAUAAACAAGCCAAUGGCGGGGAGCUGACACUAAAAUUGGCCGGAGGCACGACGAGUAAGUAUCCUAGACACGCACAUUGUCGCAGCUGGCCCGCUCAAGCUUUUUCUUUUUCGGCUUUUUGUUCCUUCCAAACUAUCGCAGGAGCAGCCUGCGCUCGCCUUGUUUUUUUUUUGGCUUCUUUGCGACAUUCCCAUUCGCAAAAACCCUCAUAGACCGUCCUCGCAAUGUUGUUUGCCGGCCUGCGUCGGAAGUAUCCUGCGGGCAUCUACCUUACAAGGGGCGGAAGCCUUGCGGUCGUGGGUUUUUAACAAGGCCCCCUGCGGAGUUGCGUGGGGCGUUCCAAAGUUGCGCCGCCCGCGACCCCGCACCCCCCCCCGUCUUGUGUGGUGUUUUGCAUGAAAGCGUGGUGGCCUCGCAAUAAACGCCACCGGCGCCCGGCGCUACGAGGGCCGCCGCCGUCCCACCUUCCUCGACGUGGCCGGGCCCCUCAUCCCAUGUUUGGCGCUGCAGCCUGAGGCGGGCCCUCGCGGGCGACAGUACAGAAAGAAUUUGGGCCCUCCGCGCUGGUAGCGUUAUUUCCACGCGCUGGGUGAAGGGCGCAAUAGGUGCGCCACCCGGUGGGCCGCCAGCCUGGCAUGCCCGGCGCGAGCCUGCCCCGCCGCCUUUCGCCCUCGCAAACCCCUGUGAGUUGCGUGCCACGCACCUGCCCGGGAAGCGAAGUCGCGAAACCAAUGGGCCGCUGCAGCGUUUUAAACAAACUAACAAAACAUCCCAAAAAACUUACAAAGCCGGGCAUCGGCUUUAGGAAUGGCAGGGGGGGCGCCCGGACGGUGGAUGCCCCUGAGCGGCCCUCCGCCGCCUGCCGCCGGUGGGGGGGGCCAGCCUACGUUCAUACCAACUUGGCCAACAAUGUUGGCAGCGCGCGUUACACGCGUGGGGACCAUUGAAAGGCGCCGGCAGUGCUGUUUCGAAACGGCCGGCGUCGUGUGGAGCGCGCGCGCCCUAUCUCGGCCGGCCCCUUUCUCUGGGCCGGCGGGUGCCCAAGUCGGUGGGGGAGGUGGGCCGGCCGGCCAGCCUACCUGCCAACCGGACAGAGCCAGGGGGCUUUAACGGGGCUGGCGCCCACUGGUCACAAAAGCAAAAUAGAGAUCGCAAACACCGAAAGACCUAGAAAAGCACGUUGCCCCCUCAUCUUCUCCGACCAGCCUCCUCACUCUUGUGUGCGUUCUUGGUAUUUCACGCGGCCUGGUCGGCGGGUAUCGUUUCUUUAGAGGUGUGUCUGGCCUGAGUGUGGGGGCUUGGAGAGAAAGGCAAAAACCUACCCCAUUGCCGCCCCAGCGCAGCGAACCCACCAACCCGGCGCCCGGGCAUGGCAACCGCCCGGACGCCGGGGGGGUUUGGGAAUGUAUAUGUUGCGUUGGGGCGGUUGGGCGCCCAAAAGUAGCUUGUCAGUCACUGGCCUUCUUGCUAAAGAAUCCAAAAAGCAAAAAACCCACAAGAGCCGCUCUUGUGCGAGGCGUCAGACCUCGUUUCCGCUUUCCCACCCGGGUAUCGGAAAAAAUUCGCACGCGCGCCGUAUCGCACCGCGAGGCAGGCCGCCUCACGAGUGGCGCAGAAAACGAAUCGGUCUGGUGCAAGACAAAGCCAGCGCCCUCUCCCCUCCAAUCGCCUCGCUUCCAAAACAAAGCAAUCGCUAAAGACUGCGCGCCCGGCUGCCGGGCUGUAGCCCUGAUUGCCCCCCUUCCGCCGGAGCCAGUGUGGGCCGCUGUUCGGCGGCCCCCCGGGGCCUGUGCCUCUUCUUUCUUCGCCAGCCGCGUCUACCUGUAUGGCCGGAAGGCUAGGCCCCGCCCCGGUCUCGCUCUCGCAGGGGUUCUGCGGAUUUCUUGGUUUUUGCGAUCUGUGGCCUGGCAUCCCCGGCCCGAUCUGGUUGGCUCGCUGAGGAGGCGGUCUCCCCGGGUUGGCAGGCCGAGUGCUCAAACGAACAGGGCGGCUUACCGGUCGGCCAGCCUGCGUGCCAGCGGGCAGCGAGCGUGGGUGGGUGCCCGCCUGGCAACCUUUGCCCUUUGUCUCAGCGUCCCAAAAAUAAGCGGAAAAGGCUUGAGCGCCUCUGUAGCGGCAGUCAAAAUGGCUGCCCGCGAUACCCAUCACGGCGGGGCAGGAGGAGCAACGGGAGGAGAAAUCGAGCUAACGGGAUUGGCGGCAUCAGGCACGGAAGGCCAGCGAUUCACCUUUUGGCGAGGAGAAGACCUCCGGGCGUCAUUGUAUUGGAACUACGUCAUCGGAGACCUCCCACCCGAGUGCAGCGCUGCCGCCCUGGCAGCAAAUACUUGCGGCGGAGGCGCCGACGAGGGCGACGCGGGCGCCGCCGGCCUAUGGGAUAUCGCUGGUGGCUGGAUCUUUUUCCUGCAGGUGCCAGUCGAAGGGGAAGCCGCCCGGAUGGUCCAGGAUGACGCGGUCAGGAAAUUGGAAGAGCCUGGCAAGACCUUCCACUUCGGUAAUACCAAGAGGCGCACAGCGUUUAGUGGCCAGGCAACCGAGAUCCCGUUCGAGACUAGUGAUUUUUACACGCCCGUCGAGAUCUUUAUAACCGACUCCGACAAGAGAAAUGCAAAUGGCCUGAGCGAGAGUGCCAAACUGUUGCGGACCGCUUUGCUCAUUCCAAUCAACACAGUGACCGGGGAAAUGGGGUGGGGAGCGCUGCAACGGACUGAGGGAAACGGCAAAGCGCGGGAAGAGUGGGAGAAGAAGCUGCCAGAAGUCUUUCACGGUGCCAGGAGCCAGCCGGAAGCUGGCCCAGUUUUCGUUGCGAGGCCGGUCGGGGCACCACAGCUAACGACGACCGGGAAGGCCGCUCCACCGCCUUUCACGCUGUAUGUCUUCACCGAUCCAAACGGGGACCGACAGUAUGCCGUCACUGAUCCAAAACCAAAGGCCCACAACGAAUCCAUGAUCCAAAUUGGGACGGCCCGGCCGGUUCACGCUGAAACCCACCAGGCCGCGCCGGAUUCUGAUUCUUCGUUUUUGGCAAGGUUUUCGCAUGUUUUCAGUUCCGCGGCCGCGGCCGGCUCGCCGCUGUAUGUCUAG